UCUUCGCUCUCCCUUUUGUUCCUUCCUCAAAGCAAAGCAAAGUAAAGCAAAGUAAGGGGCAAAGCAAAAGAGCAUUCCAAGCUAAUUCAAAUCCGAAUUGUCACUUUGUUUCUUCAAAUUCUUCAAUUUGUUCAUAAUCAAACCCUGAAUUCCCCAAAAAUCGAUUCACAGUGUGUGAUCGGUGAGCCUCUAUGGGAUGUACGCAAUCGAAGAUCGAGAACGAAGAGAUAGUAAAUCGAUGCAAGGAUCGAAGGCAAUUCAUGAAAGACGCCGUAACGGCACGGAACGCUUUCGCGGCGGCGCAUUCCACCUACGCCGUCUUCCUCAAGAACACCGGUGCCGCCCUCAGUGAUUACGCCGUCGGCGAGGUUCGACACCCCCACAUCUCCUCUUCCUCCGCCGGCGGAGGCGGCGCCUCCGCAACCCUGCCUUCCUCCGCCGCCCAAUCUCACUACGAAGCCUUCCGCCCCCCUCCUCCUCUCCCUAACUAUCCCCCCUCUCCUCUCCAACGCGCCGCCAGUAUGCCUGAAAUUUCUGUUCACAAGUCCGAUCUGAAGCGCUCCGAUCCGAUAAUCGAGGAAGAGAACGAAGAGGAAAUCGAGAAUGAGAGUCACAGCUUGAAACACCGGAGCUCUCGGAGCUCCGGCGGCGGUGGAGGUGGGGGUGGGAGUAUGAGUGGUGUUUCUGAUCGAAAUGUCGAAGAUGAGGGUUUACCAGCGCCGCCAUCUCCGCCGCGGACUGAUCGGGCGCCGCCGCCUCCGCCGCCGCCGGAGUCCAAAGGGCUUGGUUGGGAUUUUUUCUUUGCUCCCAUGGAGAACGUGCCGGCGCCGAGCUUGGCUGAAGUUGAUGAGGAUAGGGUUGAGAGAGAGGAGAUGGAAAGGAAGAUGAAUGAGGAAAGGGCUAAGAAAGCUGCAGCUGCAGCUGCUGCUAAUGCUGAAGUUGUUGAUGGUGGAGAGAGGCGGAGCGUGAAGGCUGAGGCUGCUGAGGCGGCGGCGGAGAAGGCGGCUGCGGCAGCGGCGGCAGCGGCAGAGCUACCACCUCAGCCACCGCCUGCCGCCACCAAGACCGCCAAGAAAGGGAAGCAGGUGGCUAUCGUGGAGGGUAAGCGAGGGGGAAAAGUCCCCUCCAAUGUUAAUUUGUUGCAGAUAUUUAGUGAACUUGAUGAUUGUUUUUUAAGGGCAUCAGAGAGUGCUCAUGACGUUUCAAAGAUGCUUGAAGCAAAUCGGUUGCAUUACCAUUCCAAUUUUGCAGAUAAUCGAGGACACAUUGAUCAUUCUGCAAGGGUUAUGCGAGUGAUUACUUGGAAUAGGUCUUUCAGAGGCUAUCUCAAUACCGAUGAUGGGAUGGACGACUUUGAUUCAGAAGAGCAUGAAACACAUGCAACGGUGCUGGAUAAGAUGCUAGCAUGGGAGAAAAAGCUUUAUGAUGAAGUGAAGGCCGGGGAGCAGAUGAAGUUUGAAUAUCAGAAAAAGGUUGCUUCACUGAAUAAGCUAAAGAAACGUAAUGCUAGUACUGAAUCAAUAGAGAAAACAAAAGCAGCAUUAAGUCAUCUGCAUACAAGAUACAUUGUCGACAUGCAGUCCAUGGAUUCUACUGUGUUGGAAAUAAAUCGUUUGCGAGAUGAGCAAUUGCACCCAAAACUUGUUGCACUUGUUGAUGGGAUGGGUACAAUGUGGGCGACCAUGCGGACACACCAUGAGAACCAGUCAAAGAUAGUGAUAGCAUUAAAAUACCUUGACAUCUCUCAAUCCCCGGAAUAUACAACUGAUCAUCAUCACGAGCGGACAUUACAGCUGUUGGCUGUUGUCCAGGACUGGCAGGAACAAUUCGAAAGACUCAUGGGCCAACAGAAGAAUUACAUAAAAUCACUCAACAAUUGGUUGAAGCUAAAUCUCAUUCCAAUAGAUAAUAACUUGAAAGAGAAAGUUUCAUCCCCUCAAAGGCCCCAAAGUCCCCCAAUUCAAUCCCUCCUGCAUGCCUGGCAUGAUAGUCUCGAGAAGAUUCCAGAAGAUAUUGCAAGAACUGCUAUAUCUAACUUUGCAGGUGCUGUAAAAACUAUAUUGCAGUGUCAAGAAGAAGAGAUGAAAUUGAGGGACAAAUGCAACGACACCCAAGAUCUUCUUACCCGCAAGAAUCAACAGUUUGAAGACUGGUAUCAUAAACACAUGCAGCGAAGAACACCGCCUGAUGGGAUGGAUCCAGAGGGGCCGCAAGAGGAUGAACUUGUCGCAGAAAGGAGGUUAGUGGUGGAGACACUGCAGAGGAGGUUGGAAGAGGAGAGAGAAGCUUAUAGCCACCAGUGUAUUCAAGUGAGGGAGAAGUCUCUGAAUAGUCUGAAAGCUCGCUUGCCGGAGCUUUUUCCAGCAUUGUCAUAUUUCACUAGUGCUUGUUCAGAUAUGUACGGUAACUUGAGGUCCAUUUCACAGUCCCAUAAUUUGAAUGGGGGCUCAUAAUCAAAAUGUUUGCUUGAUUUUGUAUGAUUGCUUGUGUUGUGUAUAACUUAAUUAUUUUUGUGGGAACUGAGGCCCUUAAAAUUUUAAACUUGUCUUUGUCGAUCUAUUUUUGAGUUUUGGCACAAAGGGAUCUUAUUCAUAAUGUUGUCUUUA